ACAUUAAAAAGAUGUAAAAUUUGAGUACAAUAAAAAAUCAUGUGUCUAUCGCUCUAAAUUUUAAAAGCACCAAGGAAAAUGUACCAUAUAAAAAGAAAUCUUGUUUAAUUUAAGCCCACUUUAAUAUAAGCUUUUUAACACAUACAAAAAAAAAAAUAAAAAAAAAUUGGUAUAUAUAACUUGGACUGCUAUGUUUAUCUACAUCUCUUAGUUACACUAUAAAAUUAAAGACCAUGAAAAGUAAUAUAUUCAACAAUAUAUAGAACACCUAGAUAGAAUAUUUAAAUGGCAUGCUGCCUAACAUUUCUUCAAUUUCUAAAAUGUGUUUCUCUCACAUUUUAAAUUAGUAUAAUUUUCUGUAUAAAUAGUGAUACCAAUAGCAAAAGACUAAGCACAAAACACUCAAAACCCCAAUUUUUGAGUAAUUUUUCAGAUUUUACAUAGUAUUAUCACAAUAUAGCAACAAUGACUUCACUGGCUGGAAAUGUAAAUCAUGAAAAUGGAAUUUUUCGUCUAGAGGCUAAUUUUUCUCCUAGUCUAUGGGGAAAUACUUUUAGCAAUUCUACUCGGAUUAAUCAGAUAUCCGAAAAAGUCACAGAGGAGAUUGAGGGUUUGAAAGAAGAAGUAAAACACAUGAUAAUAAGCACUACUACUACUAGCAAUGACAUUGAACAAAAAAUAUAUUUGAUUGACACUCUUGAACGUCUUGGAAUUUACUAUCACUUUGAGAAGGAGAUUGAAGAUCAACUAAGCAAGAUGUUUGAUCAAAAUGUCAUUCAUGAAGAAGAUGAUUUACACAAGAUUGCAUUAUAUUUUCGAUUGUUUAGACAACAUGGAUAUCCAAUCUCUUCUGAUUAUUUCAACCAAUUUAAGGACAACAAUGGAGAAUUCAAGAAAGCUCUAAUUGCAAAUACAAAGGGCUUGUUAAGUUUGUAUGAAGCAGCACAUGUUAGAAAACAUGGUGAUGACAUAUUAGAGGAUGCACUUAUUUUUGCAAAAUUCCAUCUUGAGAAGAUAACAAAUGUACAUACAUUGGAUUCUACUCUUGAAAAACAAGUAACACAUGCCCUUAUGCAAUCUCUUCAUAGAGGAAUCCCAAGAGCUGAGGCACAUUUUAACAUUUCAAUAUAUGAAGAAUGUGAAUCAAGAAAUGAAAAACUACUAAGGUUUGCCAAAUUAGAUUACAAUUUGUUACAAGUGCUACACAAGGAAGAGCUUUGUGAACUCACUCAGUGGUGGAAAGAUUUGGAUUUUGCAUCAAAACUUUCAUAUGUGAGAGAUAGAAUGGUGGAAUGUUUUUUUUGGGCAGUUGGUGUGUACUUUGAACCACAAUACUCUCAAGCUAGAGUUAUGCUUGCAAAAUGCAUAGCUAUGAUUUCAGUAAUUGAUGACACAUAUGACUCUUAUGGAACUCUUGAUGAACUGAUUAUUUUCACAGAAAUUGUAGACCGGUGGGAUAUAAGUGAAGUUGAUAGACUUCCAACUUAUAUGAAACCGAUAUAUAUAUCUCUUCUCAAUCUCUUCAACGAGUAUGAAAUCGAAAUCGAAUUAGAACAAGAUAGAUUCAAUGGAGUUCAUUAUGUCAAAGAGGCAAUGAAAGAAAUUGUGAAGAGUUAUUAUAUUGAAGCAGAAUGGUUUCUUGAAGGGAAAAUUCCAUCAUUUAAAGAGUAUUUGGGUAAUGCAUUGGUUACUGGAACUUAUUAUCUACUUGGACCAGCAUCAUUAUUGGGCAUGAAAUUAGCAUCAAAGAGAACAUUUGAUUGGAUGAUGAAUAAACCAAAAAUUCUUGUGGCUUCUGCAAUAAUUGGUAGAGUUAUUGAUGAUAUAGCAACUUAUAAGAUUGAGAAAGAAAAAGGACAACUUGUUACGGGAAUAGAAUGUUAUAUGGAAGAAAAUAAUUUAUCAGUGGAAGAAGCAAGUGCACAAUUUUCUGAAAUAGCUGAAAAUGCAUGGAAGGAUUUGAACAAAGAGUGCAUUAAGUCGACUGAUUCAAUGCCUACUGAAAUCUUGAUGCGUGUCGUGAACUUAACACGUCUGAUCGAUGUCGUUUACAAGAAUAAUCAAGAUGGAUAUAGUGAUCCAAAAAAUAACGUGAAAGCUGUAAUCGAAGCUUUACUCGUCAACUCCAUCAAGCUGUAAUCGAUCAACAUGGAAGAUGGUCAAUCAUAUUUCUGCUUUUUUCAUUGAUAAGUGAUUUGUAAUUUGUUGUAUUGUAUGUAUCAGUUAAAUUAAAAUCUUAAUUAUUUUAUUUGUGUGUCUAGUAUAUGUCCUACACAUUGUGAUUUGUUUGGAAUUUUCUUUGGAUGA